AUGCCCGCGGUGGUCGGCUACAUGCGUCGUCGUAGUUCACUGUCGGGCUGGCUACCGGUCCUCCUAGUCCUGGCUGGAUUCUGCUGGGCCUACUACGCCUACGUGCACGUCUUCUGCCCGGUCCUGGUAGCGGACCGCGCGGAACGUGUCUCACUGUCGGCAUUCUUCCACCUGAUCCUCCUCCUCGCCCUUUGGUCCUUUCUAAGGGCGGUCACUGCGUCCAUCCCACCCGUACCAUCGCUAUACUACGUGAACGCAGCGAAUCGGAAGAUGAUAGCGGACUGCAAGACGUACGAGGAGCGAAGAGAGAUACUGGAGGCAUUGGGAUCCAGCAGAGGCAUUCUGACGCGCGCGGCCGAUGGAAGCGUACGCUACUGCGAACAGUGUGGACUCAUCAAACCCGAUCGUUGCCACCACUGCUCCUGUUGCCGGAGAUGCAUCUUGAAGAUGGAUCACCACUGUCCAUGGCUCAACAACUGCGUGGCCUUUGGAACGUACAAGUUUUUCCUGCUCACGCUGUUCUACGUGGUGCUACUGGCCUCGUACACCUUCGUGACUGUCUCUUCGUACGCCUUGGACACGGCGACAGCGAUGGGACUUUCAACGGGCGUCAUGGUACACACCGGGUUUCUAGUGUUGGCCGGCACCGCACUCAUGGUUCUUAUCGGCGGCUUCUUCGGCGUUCAUGUGCGCAUCUUGUGCCGCAACGAGACGACACUGGAAGCGUUGCGCCCGUUCGUAUUCGUCGAGGCGCCCGAUUCGUUCGACCUCGGCAUUCGCAGCAACAUUAUAGAGGUUUUCGGCUCCAACGUCUACCUAUGGCCUUUCCCCGUGCACAGCACUCCAGGGGAUGGCGUGUGCUUCCCCACGAAGCUCCACCCGGACCCGCAAACAGCUAUCCUGCCGCCAAUGCGGCAACGCGCGCGGCAGGUGACACUCGGCCUCUCCGGCCGAGACCUUCCUGUCGUUUCACCACCCAUGGAGACCGCCUUUGGGGAUCUCACACCCUCGCCUGCCACCGCCGCUCGUCACAUGUCAUCUACGACUAGUCACGGGGAACGUGGACUGGUGACGACCCGAGCGGAAGGGGACGCGUACGACACCGCCGUGGAGACCAAGGGACUUUCACAAUCGUCGACGUCGGAGCCGUACCGGCCCGGGUUGACGGUGCCAGCCGUGAACGCUGGUGGUACCGCGGUUGUGCCGGUAACGCGGGCCUCUGGACUGAUAUCGACCGUUGGCAUGCGUUUGCCGUAG